AUGGCGAACCCCCGUAUUGAAGAACUCCCCGAGGAGGACCCCAAGAAGGCCCAGGUUGAGGAGGUUGGCUCCGAUUCCGAAUCCGAGUCUGAAGCCGAGGGUGAGGGCGAGGCCCAGGGUAUUCCUUCCGGCAGCUCGACCACCGUUAUCCAGUCCCGCAACGAGAAGAAGGCCCGCAAGCUCCUUGAGAAGCUGCACCUGACCCGAGUCCAGGGCAUCACCCGUGUCACUCUCCGCCGCCCCAAGAACAUCCUCUUCGUCAUCAACAACCCCGAGGUCUACAAGUCGCCUAACAGCAACACUUACAUCGUCUUUGGUGAGGCCAAGAUCGAGGACCUCAACGCCUCCGCCCAGGCGGCUGCCGCUCAGCAGCUCGCCGCCGCCGGUAACGCCGAGCACGAUCACGCUGGCCACAGCCACGGCGAGCCCAGCAAGGCCGCCGCUCCGGAGGCCAAGAAGGAGGAAGAGGAAGAAGACGAAGAGGAUGACGAGGAUGUAGAUGCCACGGGCAUUGAGGAGAAGGACAUUGAGCUCGUUAUGAACCAGGCGAGCGUCUCUCGGAAGAAGGCCAUCAAGGCGCUGAAGGAAAACGACAAUGAUAUUCGAAGCGCAGCGCUCAAGGUCGACUGGGUCAAGGUGACCUCCUCCCUCGGUCUCCGGGGCCAGACGGUGGCCUCUCUCCAGGCUUUCAAGAAGCGCAACGAGGACGCGCGCCGCAAGUUGCAGCAGCUGUCUGAGCUCCCGACCACUGUCGACUUCGCACAGUACCGCUCGGUGCUCAAGAACCAGGCCGUCGUUGACGAGAUCGAGAGGCGCUUCAAUGCCUUCAAGCCCGCCACCUACGACGUCAACCGCCAGAUCAAGGCCAUCGAGGCCUUCGAGGUCGAGGCCGUCAAGAACGCCGAGUCCACCAAGGAGCAGGUCGGCCUCGAGCUGAAGGACCUCGAGAAGACCCUGGCCAACAUUGAGACCGCCCGGCCGUUUGAGGAUCUCACCACGGAGGACAUUGGCAAGGCUGCCCCCAUCGUCGAGCAGAAGACGGCCGAGCUCGUGUCCAAGGGCCGCUGGUCCGUGCCGGGCUACAAGGAGAGAUUUGGCGACCUGUCUGUGCUAUAA